AUGAUUCUGCUGACCGGACUCCUCUGUACCCUUGCAGUUAUAGGCAGUCCUGCUGUGGAGGCGUUCUCCGUCUGGGGUCACGUCGGAGGAAACGUCAGCAUCACCUGUUCUCACCUGUUCGCCUGGAAGAACGUCAAGUUCUUCUGCAAUGCGAAACGCACACCCCAGGACGUCCUCAUCCAGAGCGACCGCAAACACAAUCCCUCGGUCAGGGGUCGCUUCUCACUGUUCGACGAGGGAACCGGGACCUUCGUGGUCACCGUGUCCGACCUGAAGACGAACGAUUCCGGGACGUACUGGUGCGGUGUGAAACGGGGUUGGAUAUGUACCUACCUUAAGGUAGAUCUCAUCGUAUCAGACGCUCCGGCACCCACGUCGUACCCGGUACCAACCUCUACGGAGGGAAGCACUUCUAGCGGAACAGAGACAAUGAAAACGACAGAAUCGUCACCCCUAACCACAAGAUCGAUAAGAACCGCGAGCACGACAAGACCCCCUGGGAACCGAGGGACGUACGUUGCCUACAUCGGUGCCGGACUGGCGGCUCUGGUGGUGUUAUUGGUGAUUCUUUUUCUUACGCUGGUGAAACUAAAGCGGAGGCAGUUGAACUAUCCGCGCAACAAAGCCAAUCAGCACGGUGACCCUGCAGCGGAACCCUUGUUCUCAACCAAUCAGGCGACGGCUCCAGACCUCAAAACCCCUCCAUCCGGUCGCCGGGAUUCAGGCUCCGCCGUAGACCCCGGGGUUACGCCUGACUUCUCCAGACAGCCCGACGACCUCCAUUACUCCAUCAUCGACUUCGACACGGGAAGUGGCUUCAUCGUGAACAACCCGAGACCGAGAAAGCCACCGAGAGUUUUGGAGUGUCCGUAUGCGACCGUCAAGACUACACCGAGUUCAACGUCAAUCGUGGGUCCGAACAGCGCCAUAUACGCGACCGUCCGCAAGGUGAAGAAGAGCUUAGCUGGGGCAACCAAAACACAACCGUGAGACGCUCUAUAUUAUGUACACUAUAUGGCCAAAAAUAUUUGGACACCUUUGUUUGACCUUUUCAGCUAGAACUGGAAGCUUAUGGCCCCGGAGCAACCUGGGUGACUGGAAUAUACUGGAAUUCCAUCAUUCCAAGGGCCGUCCAGAUACUUUUGUCCAUAUAAUGUAACGUGGAAGGACGCUCUAGGUUUGGGGUCGUCUAUAGACUCUAAAAAGACGUUGCUACAUGACUGGGUUCAUACACGACAUCAACCCAAAACAAGAGACGUCUGUUUUUACUUCAGGUACCUGUUUCAGGAGCAGCUUGUUGUUUACACCCUAAAUUUCUUCACAUUGUUUUGUUUAUUAAUAUUGUUUCAUAUUAAAUAAUAAAAAUAA